UUUUGCGUCAUUCUGGAUUAGAGAAGGAGAACUUAUGUUGACAUCUAUUUUAUUUCAAUUAUUUAAAUAAAAUGUGUCUGUCUUAAUAAAUAAAGAAAAUGUAAUUCAACUUUCGAUCAGUGCAUAUUUUUUACCUAAUUGUUAAUCUUUUUGAGUUAAUGAACUUAGGCAAAUGUAAUAACACUUUUUCAAAUGCGUUGCGUCUUUGGCAUUGUUUAUAUUGUUUUUGACAUUAAUAUCUUUCCCUUGAACUGAACUAAUUUUAGCGAAAAAACAUGAAUAUUGUGUGUGUUAUAUGCAGAGAAUUACUCUUGCCAUCGGAAGAUGUGUUUCAUACACCUUGUGGACACAUUUUUCAUUUUCCGUGUCUUACACAAUGGCUUGAAAGGUCAAAGACAUGUCCACAAUGUCGUGAAAAAGUUUCACAGGCGAAAAUUCAUAGACUUUAUUUUAAUUUCUCGAAUAAUGAUUCAAUAGUUGAAGAUAGUACGACCCUUCAAAGUCGAGUUGAAAGUUUAGAAUUUCAAUUGCUGAUUAAGGAGAAGGAUAUAAAGCAUUAUGCUUCUAAGGCCGAAAAUGCUGACAAACAAGUUGGUGGUCUUCGAAAGGAAAUUUGUAAAUUAGAAAAUGAAAUAGCGAAGAAAAAUUCUGUUAAUUUUGCUUUAAACGAGCAAUUAAUAUUGCAUCGUGAAAAUAGCAGAAUAAUAGAAGAACAAAAGCGGGAAUUGGAAAGAUUACGAAGACAUGUUGAAUUAAGUCGAAAUGUACAAACUUUGUUAUGUUCGUCCUAUGAAAACGUUGAUGAAAUGAUUAAGGAGACAAAAGAUCCCAAUACUUUUAUAACUUACAUAAAAGUUCUUAAACAAGAAUUAUUGUGUUGUACAAGUAAACGAAAGGAACAAAGAACGAUGAUAAAAAAUUUACACCAAGACGUUGCGUCUUUAACUAAUGAGCGAAACACAUUUGGUGAUGAACUUACAAAGAAACGAAAUUUAGAAGAGCAGCUCGCAAUUAGUGAGAGUAAACGCUUGGAAUUGAAAAGAAGACUCAAGGCAUAUGAAAAUAAUGAAGAAUUGUCCGAUAAGGAAGAUGAGCCUGUUGUGUUAAAUUCUCCGGAAAUAAGAAAUAAAGCAGAAUUAGCUCGCAAAGCAAAUGAUGAUUCAGAAGACGUUCCUCAAGCUAAAAAAUUAAAAUCUACAACAAGACAGGAUUUUCUAAGUACUCCAAUUGUCAUUAAUGACGAUGUUUUUGACGCUGAAUUUCAAAGAACUUCAUCGAAAAAUCAAUAUUUAUUGGGUUCUCCAAUUGUUAUCAGUGAAGAUAGUUCAGACGAAGGAGCAGCAGCGAAUCCUACGCGUAAGACAAAAGGAAACGAGGAAAAUUCUCCCUAUCUUCGUUUAAGAUCAAAAGGAAUAACAGCUCUGAAAGAACUUCAUGCCCAACGUUCGUCAGUUGGCGUUGGACAUUCGAUUUUCCGAAAAAAGAAACCAUUAAACGCACCUGCUAUGCAGAAAGGAUUGGCACCAGCUUCGUUCGAUGGUUUCGGUGGCCAUUCAAGAACUGAACUCUUUCCCGUGAUGAAUUCGAAGCAAAAGAAAACAACGCCCCAGGAAGCUGUUAAAGCAAAACGUGCCAAAUUAGAUGACACUAAUAAGAAACUCGGCGAGUUUCUCAUUAAUUUAGUGUGAAUGUUAGAGAAAUUUAGCAUAAACGGAUAAAAUGUGUUUUUUUUGUUUUUCUUUUAACUUUUAAAUGAUAUUUAAAUACCAGCUGAAAAUUGAUACGUGAACAAAUAAGAUUGUGUCUAUACCAGUAAAAAUAUUUUACAUUUAAAUUUAAGCACUAUUAAUUAAUUCUUCUUUGUAUGUUUAUAAUUAUCGUAAUUACAUUAAAAUAUCGUACUCUUGCUUUUGUUAUUCAACUUUAUUAAGAAUUUUUUGAAAAAUUACAUUCAGUGAACAAUUAUUUGAAUAGGGGUAAAAAAAGCUUCAAGCUUUAUGAUUGCAUAUGUAUAUAAUACUUUUUGUUGAACGUAAUGAAAACAAAGAACUGAGUAUAAUACUUUUGUCGUCAAAAUUUCGUUUCUUUUUGAAUAAAAUUACUUUUUGGAAUUAAA